AUGAAUCGAGGUGGUAAACUUGCUCCUGAAGUUAAUCGAGCUUUGUUCGUCAAGAAUCUAAGCUACAACGUAACGCCGGAAGAACUCUUUGAUCUGUUUGGCAAAUUCGGUGCGAUCCGACAAAUUCGUCAAGGUAUCGCUACCAACACGAAAGGUACGGCAUUUGUUGUCUACGAAGACGUAACGGAUUCUAAGACUGCCUGCGAUAAAUUGAAUGGGUUCAAUUUCCAAAAUCGAUACCUAGUCGUUCUCUACCAUCAACCCGAGAAAAUGGAAAAGAUGCGUGCCAACUCAAAUCAAUCGGAUUCAUACGCUGCUCGCAAAGCGAGUUUAGAACAGCUCAAAACCGCGAACAACAUCGAAUAA